UAUGCUUUCUCUGACUUCUCUCUUUCCACACCCUGUUGAUUGCAUUAAAGUGAUUCUCCACUAGCAAUGUUUGGCAAACUCUUACGAUAAAUAGCCACACCCUAAACUCAUUUGUGUACUUCAAACAUUGAGAUCACAUGGAUCCCUCUCAUUCAAGAGUUGUAAGCAUGAACAUUGAUCAAGGAUUCCCUUCUGCUCACAAGAAGUCUCCAAAUUUUCUUUCUUCCAUCGGUGCUCAUGAAUUCUUAUCAAUUGAGACAUGGAAAGCAGCUUUAACGGAAUUAAUAGCAACAACCUUACUUAUGUUUACUCUAAUAAGUUCUAUUGUUGCAUGUUUGGAUUCAUCGCACAAUCCUCAAUUUAUAAUCCCUUUUGCAGUCUUCUUCAUAGCCUUCUUAUUCCUAAAUGUCACAGUUCCUCUGACGGGUGGUCAUAUGAGUCCUGUUUUCUCAUUCAUAGCUGCUCUAAAAGGUGUUAUCACUCUUUCUCGUGCACUUCUUUAUGUCUUAGCACAAUGCAUUGGCGCAAUACUUGGUUUCUUUAUACUCAAGUGUGUAAUGGACCCUAAAUUAAUAGAAACAUACUCCUUAGGAGGUUGUUCCCUUGGUGACAAAGAACAAAAUCCUAAUAUAAUAAAGCCACAAGAUGCAUUAUUGAUUGAAUUCACUUGCACAUUUUUGGUACUAUUUGUGGGUCUCACAUGUGCUUUUGACAAAAGAAGGCACAAAGAUAUGGGCUUGCAAAAGAUUUGUAUGGUGGUAGCAGGCUCUCUAGCACUAGCAGUAUUUGUGUCUAUAACAGUAACUGGACAUGCUGGAUAUGCUGGUGUUGGGAUGAAUCCAGCAAGAUGCUUAGGCCCAGCAUUGCUUCAUGGGGGCUCAUUAUGGAAUGGACAUUGGGUUUUUUGGGUUGGACCAUUCUUGGCAUGCUUAGUGUAUUAUAGCGUUUCUAUUAAUCUACCAAAAGAGAGUUUGGAUUGGGUUGAUGGAGAAUAUGAUAUCUUAAGGUUGGCGGUCGGUUCUUGCGGGACUCUCUCUGCUAGUGCAGUCUGAAAUAAUAUUAUACUAUAAAAUAACAUAGUAUUGUUGGUUAUUUUGUAUUUGCAAAUAUACAUAGUCAAUAAUUUGUGAUAAGAAAAAAUAUCAAUCUCAUGAUGAUUGUAUUAAGCAUUUUUAACUUCACGCAAUAAUUUGUGAAGUAAACACGAGUAAUAGUAACAAUAAUUUUAUGUGUCA